UUAUUAUGUCUUCUGAUUUUGGCAUACCAACUCCUCCUGCCACCGCCUUCGAAUCUUUUGAUGGAAAAGAUCAAUUCUUUCUUGAUAACCCUUCGGUAUCGGAAAAAGAUGUUGAAAAGGAUUCGAGUAAUGUUGAUCCAAUUGAUCAAUUUAUUUUAACCGCUCCUCCUUCGGUACACGAUAAUACUGAUGGAUCGGAUGAACCGUCAACUCCGACGAGUCCCGAUCCAGUUGCUCAAUCCGGUUCUCGUUACCUUAUACAUAAUUCUUUUCUUCCUACUUUUAUUCCUCAAGUGGCUGCCGCUCAUCAAAUCAAGAUUCCUGAUUCUUAUUCUUUAUCGUCCUGUGCCGCUUCCGUGAGAUCUUCUUCACCUUGUGCUGAUUCAUCAUCUUCUUCGGCUAUUAAUGAUUCUACGAAGUCAGUUGAUUCUAUCGCUAGUACGACUUCUUCAACUACUUCUUCUAAACGAAAACGUAAAGGUAUACCUCUUAGAUCACCUAAUCGUGAUGACAUAGAAAGUGAUCCUG